CAUGGCUGCCUGUGCUGCAUUGUUGUUUGGUCCCAGCUGGCUGGCUCUGUGCACGAAGCGCCUCGCAGCUGGUGGCCCUCUGCGGCGCGCGUAGUGGGGUGACAGGCGGCCUCGCUGAAGAAACGCGCCCGGGUGGCUGCGGUGGGAGGAUGUGAUGACGCGCCCCACGCAGCGGGAACUCGGGCCUUUAAAAAGCCCAGGAAACAGCCUCAGCACAAGCGGUGGCUCCACUGGAGGAAAGCACACCCCAAAGCACAUUAAAGAAGCCAAACUGUCUGCUUCAAAGAGAAAAGGCAACAUCCUGUCACAGGCCAUGCUCUGGCAGAAACCCACAGCUUCAGAACAAGCCUCGGCCCCGCCACGGCCAUACCAGGGCGUCCGCGUGAAGGAGCCGGUGAAGGAGCUGCUGAGGAGGAAGAGAGGCCAUGCCAGCAGCGGGGCGGCGGUUGCACCUACCGCGGUGGUGCUGCCCCAUCAGCCCCUGGCGACCUACACCGCAGUGGGUCCUUCCUGCCUGGACAUGGAGGUCUCUGCUUCCGCAGUGGCGGAGGAGGGAGCCCUGUGUGCCGGCUGGCUCUCCCAGCCCGCCCCGGCCACCCUCCAGCCCCUGGCCCCAUGGACGCCCUACACUGAGUAUGUGUCCCAUGAAGCUGUCAGCUGCCCCUACUCAGCUGACAUGUAUGUGCAGCCCGUGUGCCCCAGCUACACGGUUGUGGGGCCCUCUUCGGUGCUGACGUACGCCUCCCCGCCACUCAUCACCAAUGUCACGACGAGGAGCUCCGGCACGCCCACGGUGGGGCCCCCGCUGGAGGGCCCGGAGCACCAGGCACCCCUCACCUACUUCCCGUGGCCUCAGCCCCUUUCCACGCUGCCCACCUCCACCCUGCAGUACCAGCCUCCGGCCCCAGCCGUGCCUGGGCCCCAGUUUGUCCAGCUCCCCAUCUCCAUCCCUGAGCCAGUCCUUCAGGACAUGGAAGACCCCAGGAGAGCCGUCGGUUCCCUGACCAUCGACAAGCUGCUUUUGGAGGAAGAGGAUAGCGAUGCCUAUGCGCUCAACCACACUCUCUCCGUGGAAGGCUUUUAGGGCUGGCUCCACCUGACAGUCCUGUUCCCCGAAACUGGGAUUUAAAAAUGAGCCUGGAAUUGAGCCCCAGGUUCACAUCUGUACGGAGUAGCGAUUUCAUAACUACAUCUUCUACCCAAACUAGAAUUGUAGACCUUCCUUCCUUCUUUUCUCCUUCCUUCCUUCUCCCCUUCCCUCCUUCUCCCCUUCCCUCCCUCCCUCUUACCUUCCUUCCUUGCUCCCUUUUUCUUUCUUAUUUCUUUUUCCAGUUCUGUUCCUUAUAAGGAUUUUAGGCAUAAUAUUUUAUGCCAAGUGCUGCCAAGCCUGUGGCCUGGGGGCUUCAUUUCUGUUUUGUUCCUCAGAGAAGGCCCCUUCUCUCCAGUGCCUGCUGAGCUGUCUUAGGGCCAGUCACACCCUCUGUCAUUUUGAGAUGUAUGGGAUGGCCUGCGGGAAGAGCAGCCCGGCCAGCACCUCCUGGGAGCCGCAGCCAAGGGCAGACCCGAUGCCAGAGUCCUUGAGCUGUCAGUCCCACAGUGGCUCCUUUGUUUGCUGUUCUCAGCAUUGGCCACAGACACCGGUCUAGGCAGCAAAAGCCCAAGGCCUGGGGCUCAGCCUGGUGAUAGGUGGGGGAUGGGGUAGAGAGGAGCUUCCGGGUGGGUAGCUCAGGCCAGUGACAGCAGAGGGGGGCAGAGGAGGGGUGGGGACACGCUGAGUGUCUAUGGUCAGAAAGGGGUUUUGGGGGGAAGCUUGGGUUUUGUGGGGAGAGGAGGAAGGCUGAGGAAUGAUUUAGGUCCAGAUUACUUGGUUAUUAAGGACAAUAAACUUAAAAACAUUGCUUCAAUAGGUGGUUUUGCUGCUCUCCUUGAGGAUACUUGCAGGGAAAGCUGAGCUGUUGUAAACAGGAUGAAGGAUGUGUUUGGCCAUUUCUGUCCCACCUCCAGACCCUCUGCUGAUACUGUGUGUGCCAAGACCCCCUGAAGUCUAAUGGUGAUGGGGUCCUUGCUUAGUGCUAUUCAUGUGGCUUCUUGAAUGUAUUUCAAGCAUCCAUAAUCCACCAUUCUGUGGAGCCGAGGCCUCCAUCCAAACACCAUCCCUCCUGGGGGCUCCCAGCAAGAAGUACUGCUAGGUUUCAUUUCAGUUUUUAUUUUUAUGAUGGAGAAAUUUCAGAUUUGUAGGGGGCUGAGUGCAGUUGUCACCAGGGGUGCUUAGCUCCUGGUAGUGGGUGUGCCUUGGGAACUGGCACAUCCAUCUGCCAGUGACACCAUUGUCACCAUUAAGCACACACUUCAGUUUGUAGAAUCCAUGUAGAUGUCAUGGACUUCUCUGGGAAAUGAUGGUUUCUUUGCCAAUUUUAAAUAAAAAACCUUGUUUUGGAUUUUUUUCCUGCUUUGGGGUUAUUUUGACCCAAAUUUCAGUAUCUGCCUAAAAUACCAGCACACCUAUCUUGACUUAUUUUUAUUCAGACUUAAUUUUUAGAUUCAAAAGCUUAAGACAGCAUUUGAGAUGAUAAAUUUUUCAUCUUUGUUGGUAGUGACGGUGAGUAAGCAAGGGAGUGGGGAGGGUGUCUCAGUCCUGUUCAAUUGAAAGGCCUGAUUUCCCAUAAAAAACACUAUGCAAGAUUUUCCAGCUUACUGUUUGAGGAUUAGAGAGGAUGCAGAAGCAACCUCCAAAAAAGGAGUUAAAGUCGGCAAAACCUAGCAAAGAAAUAAAGUAUGUCACGUAUUUGCUAAGAUUUAAAUGGUAUCCUUUUUUUUUUUUUUUUUAUCUUGAGGUCUUUUUCCUGGGUUUUUCUGCUAAGAUGGAAACAUUUUCAAUAAAGAUUUAUAGAGACUUU